AUGCCUUCGAACUUCGUUUGUCCAGUGUGUGAUGGGAAAUUCGCCAGAAGUGAUUCAUUGAAAAUUCACGUUCAUAGAAAACAUUCAAAAGAGUUCAAUAAUUUAUACAAGAAAAAAGAAACAAAAUUCAAAUGCAAAUAUUGCGAAAGCUGUUUUGCAAAUAACUAUUGCCUUAAAGUGCACGUUAAACGAUUUCACGCUGAAAAGUUUAAUGAAAUCUUUCAAGAAAAAGCUGAAAAGUUUACUUGUACCGAGUGCAAAAAGCAGUUCAGUCGCGAACAUAAUUUAAAAUCGCACUUAUUAAAAGAGCACAAAAUAGUAUACAAUGCAUCAAAUGAUGAUAAUUCAAUAAAACUAAAUAGAAAAUUUAAACAAAAAAAGCUAUGUGCCUAUUGCAAAAAAUUUACAGCAUACCCGACACAAGAAAUGUUAAAUCACCUAAAAAAUGACCAUGAUAUUCAUUUAGAAACUGAAGAGAUUCAAUUUUCGUCAAUAUCAGAAUUUAAGGAUUGGAAAACGAAAGUGGAAACUGAGAAUACGGUACAAUUUAGAAAGGAAACCAGUAAAUCAAGUAAAAAUCACGUACUUCAUAGAUAUACUUGUAGUAGGUCAGGAAUGUAUAGCCCUCGAGGUCAAGGCAAGAAACGUUUGAAAUAUAAAGGGAGCAAGAAAAUUAAUGGAUUCUGCCCUUCAUCUAUACAUUUGGUUGUUGAAUCUGAUGGUAAUUGUUCAGCAAAAUAUAUCAAAAACCACAUAGGCCACGAUGGGGAGUUGACUCAUAUGACACUAACAAAAGAAGAAAAAGAUAAUUUAGCCAAUAAAAUUGCCCAAAAUGUUCCAUUUGACAACAUUUUGGGUGAAAUUAGGAAAACAGCUGUAAUUUCGGAUUUGCAUAGGAUCCAUUUAUGUACCAAAAAGGAUUUGUUCAAUAUCAAGUACAGUUAUCUGAAAGAGAAAGAAUCUACAAAGUUUAUUGAAGGUGAAGAAAUACUCAAACCCUCAAACUCUAACAAACCUGAAGAAGAAAAUGUAGACGAUAAAAAUGAUCCAAACCUUAAAAUAAGACAAGAAAAACUACUAGAGGCGCUUACAGUUAUUGUGAGAAGUUCAAAAACACUGAAGGAAUUAGAUCAAUUGGAAAUGAUUGCUUCUACUAUGGGUUCAGUGGUUGGUGAAGUAGAUGAAGGACAUCUUAAUGCUUGA